GAAAAGACAGUUCAAACGUCGGAAAACCGUCGAUUUGGAUCCAGAAUCGGAAGUCAUGUGACGUCUUUCGCCACACCUCCGGAGAAAGUUUCCAUGGCCGGCUGUUUAGUCUAGUGUUGGCGAUCACGUGAUGCGAAAUGUUGAUAUUUUUUUUGGGUUUUUUGCUACUCGUGAAGGCUUACGAUCCGACGGAUCCGGAAGUUAGUUCAGUUUUGCCCCCCAAGGGGACGUUCGAAGCGUUCUAUCCGAGGGGCGAGGAAGGGGGAAGCUCGAGGGCGGCACACUCGCAUGGGAGUUUCUACAAGUACAGGAAUCCCGCACUGGUCGAUGCCAAAAAUGCAGCGGCGUACGGGUUCAGGUUCGACGGGGGCAGGAGGUUCAAUUACGACUAAAGGGGCGGCCAUUGCUUGUAUAUUUCUUGUAUAAAAGUUGUUAAAUAUAACGGUUUUCUACCUAAAUAAAAUUGUGUAAUGCAAA